CCGGUCGGUUAAAGUAAAUUUUAAAAGUUAAGAAACACCACACAACACACCAAUCACUGCUCUGUUAACUUAAAAUUAAUGCGCAUGCGUGCAGUUGACUUGAAACAGUGAAGAAAUAAACAAUACACAUCAUAAUAUACGAAGCAAAAUAAACAAACGGAUUAUAUAUUUCGAAUAGAAAAACAAAACGCACAAAAUAAUUAAAGAAAAAAGAUAAAUAAUUUAAUAAAAUUGAUAAUUUUGUAAACGUAAUACUGCAAAAAUUAUUAAAACAUUUUAAAAUAACGACUUGAAAUAACAAAUUUUUAAGAAAAAACACUAAUUAAAUAUAUUAAUUUUAUUGCUCUGGUAAUGAAAAUUUCUUUAUCAUUCGAAUCAAAGUGUUAAUUAUUUAAAUUAGUUUAUUUCGAGAAGUAUUUAUUUGAAUUUUUUUUAAAUGCGUAUUCUUAAAAGUUUUAUGUGCAAAUGAAAAUGAAAGUAUUGAAAAUUAAGCGAAAAAUUAAACCUUUCUUAAGCCCUCUACAAACAAUGUCAAUCAAACAACAACGCCAUAAUAAUAAUAAUCAUCAUCAUCAUAAUUAUCAUAAAAAUAAUAUAAUGGUGUCGUCGUGUUUUUGUGUGUUUUUACUUAUAAACAUAUUUAAUUUAACAUUAUGUAAUAAUGUAAAUGUUGAAAACGAUAGUGAAAUUAAAUUAUCGUCAAAUAUAAAAGCAACAACAACAACGGCUACGACGAAUAUUGUACAGACUACUAAUAAAUAUGGGAAUGAAUCAUUAUUGGAGGCACGCGAAUUAUUUGAAGAUUCAACUGGUAUGGUGUGGUCGGAAUUUCUAGAGGAUUAUGUUAUAAGCCAAAGUCCUAGUAGCCGCACUUCCAAAGAUCUACCCUACUAUAGUGAAAUGUCUGGUCCUGGUGGUGGUCCACCCUAUCAAAUGAUGAUAAAUCCAGGAAUGGGACCCAAUCCCUCAAAUCCUCAACCACCCAUUAACUAUCAUUCAUCAGCCUACAAAAGACCAGCUAUUUAUAUAAAUAAACGUAUUGGAGAAGUGGGUGUAGAAUUGGAACCACAUAAAAGACCACCACAACAAGUGGUUAAUCCACAAUUUCGUCCAAUGACAAAUCAAAUGUCACAACAUCAACAACCUGGUCUAUUGCAACAAUUAUUUGGUUUAGGUGGAUCGGAAACAGGUAUUACAAGACCAACAUCAAAUAUACCCACUUCACCGGGAGGAUCACAAAUACCACAACAUAUAAGACCAUUACCGUUGCAGCAACAACAGUUGCCACCGCAACAACAACAUGUAGUACAUAAUGGACCUCAAACAUUUAGAGCAGUAUCGGAAAAUGAUUUAUAUCUAUUGGGUGCCAUAGAGAAAUUAGUCUAUCGUGUAGACUAUUUGGAGAGUCGAGUGAGAAGAACAGAACAAUUGAUUUAUUAUCUAAUGGCUGGUAAUAAACAACAAACUGAAGUACGUGAUCCCUGUCCUACAAACUUUACCCGUAUCAGCGAUAAUUGUUAUUAUAUUAACAGUUAUCAGGCGGUCAAUUGGAAAACUGCUAAUUCCGCUUGUAAAGCUUUAAAUUCCCAUUUGGCUGAAUUUGAAAAACCUUCUGAAAAUGAAGAAAUCAUGGCCUAUUUAUUAAAUCAACCAAAUCAUCGUGGUCGCGAUUAUUGGUUGGGUGGUUUAAAUCCUGGUCUUUUGUGGAUCUGGUCCAACUCUGCUAAACCAGUUAAUCCCAAUAUGAAUUUAACCUCCAUUGCAAUGUCUCACAAAGAAAAACAUGACAAAGAAACCGAAUCGAAUACCAUUGAUGUGGAUGAAAAGGAUGACAAGAAAAAAUCUGAUAACACGGAUAUUUUAAAUAAUACCGUUGAAAUCGAAGGUCAAGGUAGAUGUCUGAGAUUGUCUUAUAAUUCUGCAAAACAUAGUUACAAUUAUUAUGGACAAGAAUGUACUACGAGACAUCAUUAUAUAUGUGAACAUGAAGACAAGACCUUAGAUAAUAAAAUUAAGAAAAUUGCUAGGGAAUUGAAAUUAUUUGAGUGAACUCCCGAAAGUGUAAUAAAGGGAAAUAAUUGUAUUAAUUUUAUUUGAAGUGAUUUUGUUUUUACUCUUUUUCUUAAUUUAAGUGUUGCAUAUUUGUGUA